CCACAGCGCCCCCUACAGCACGUCUGGCAACAUUAGACUUAAAGAGACCAGACUAAUGAUGAGACAGCGGUUCAAUCACACACUAGCGUCUGUGCAGCAUCAUCAUGUUCUACUGCUGGGGAGACUCAUCCAAAGGACAGCUCGCUUUACCCGCUACUGGGGUAAAAGUUACACCGACUUCAGUACGUUUGACUGAACAACUCAUUCAGAUCUCUUGUGGAGAACAUCACACUUUAUUCCUGACACCAAGCGGUCAAGUACUCUCAUGUGGCCGAAACUCUAAAGGACAGCUGGGGAGAUCCAAGAGCAGAGACACCAAACUGCCAGUGAAGAUUGAAGGUUUGGGCUCUGUAGCUGCAAUAGCAUGUGGACAGGAACACAGUUUGGCUCUAUGUGAUUCAGGUCAAGUGUUUUCUUGGGGAGCAGGUGGAGAAGGUCAGCUGGGCCUCCGCAGCCCGGUAGCAAAAUGUCUCAAACCUAUGCUAUAUCAGAUACCUUUUCAGAUCCAAGUGGUACAGGUGGCUUGUGGAAAUUUCCAUUCUUUGGCCCUAACCAAGGGAGGUGAAGUCUUUUCAUGGGGUCUGAAUAAAUAUGGGCAGCUGGGACUGGGGAAAUCAGUGGAUCUGCAGCCUCUCCCUGCUCUGAUAACAUCUCUUGUCGGAGUUCCAGUUAUUCAGAUCUCAGCUGGUGGAGAACACACUAUGGUGUUGACCCUCACAGAUCAAGUGUUCUGCUGUGGCGCUAACAGUGUAGGCCAACUUGGUCUUAACAGGAAAGACGAAAAAGGUCGAUUUACAAUAUGUGCUGUUCCAGCUUUGAGGAACUUCGGGGUUUCUUCCAUCAGCUGUGGAGCAGCUCACACUGCUGUCCUCACUAAGGUUGGAGAGGUGUACACAUUCGGAGAGGGAGCUCAUGGUCAACUUGGGCAUAACUCCACCAAUAACCAGCUUCUACCCAAGAAAGUUGAAGGAAUUGAUGCACCUGCUAAACAAGUAACCUGUGGCAGCCAUCACACUUUGGUUCUGAUGCCAUCUGGUAUGCUCUUCACGUUUGGCCGUGAUACCCAAGCUCAGGCGAGUGGUGGCACUGGGAACAGCCUGCAGCCAGUAAGACUGGAUGGAGACUGGAUCAGCUCAGGAGCAGGGAUACCCACAAGUACACAAGGAUCCAAAAUGCAGAUAUCAUCUGGCUACAGUUCUAACUUUCUUUUCUUUCCAACAUCCAAGACCAAUAUUCUUGGUGAGCCAAUUGGGAAACUUGAAGAGGCCCAAGUGCAGAGAUGGCUUACAACGUUGGACUGUGAAAGAAGCAUCAAAGAAAUGAAAAAGGAGGUUUCCUUGACGUUUGCCACAAGUUCAAAUCUUGUUGCCUGCUUCAUAAAGGACAGGAAUACUCCAGGUACUCUUCAGGUUGAUGUGAAUGCUGCUAGCCAGACUUUUGACCAACUCCUGAAGAUUCCCUGGAUCAAGAAUUCAGUGAACUUCACACAAAUCGUGGAUGUCCUUUUGUAUGCUGCUAAAUCGAUGAGGUGUCCUGAAGUCUUCCUGAUUCUGCCUACAUGCUCCAUUCUUCAUGAACAUCAAAAUGUCAUUGGACUGGUGCUGCCAUUAGCUGUAGCCAUCACAUUCCUCAAUGAGAAUGCUAUGAACACCUUGAAGGAACGCUGGUCCUCAAUGGAUGUCAACAUUAUGACCAAACACAUCCGCAUGUGGAAACAAGCACUCGCCUUCCUCCUGAGUUCCAAUGUGUGGAUCAAUUAUCAACCUGGUAUAAAAGCAGUGCUGGAAGUCCUCAAGUUACUUUACAAGGCAAACAAAAAGGCGAAGAAGUCGAGGAGGAUUCCUUUUAGUGAGUUCUACAUAGAAGAGAUGGGCACCACACCUCAGCUACUCGAAUCUGAUGUUUUGAUAUGGAUGGACAUUAGGUCUGGACUAGUUAAGGAAGAGGAUGAACCAUCUGCCAUUUUCUGCCUCUACCCAUUUCUCCUGGACCUGACAAGCAAAAUCAGCGUUUUUAAAUACAUCGCUACAGCUAUCCAGUUGGGUCAUCGGAUUAUCCACAAUAAUGUGGUGGCUGGUGGAGUCUUUCGAAAUAUGCACUGUGAGGUCCCGACACCGAUCCUCCAGCUGAAAGUGAGACGCACUGCCCUGCUUGAGGAUACAUUCAGACAACUUAACAAUGCAGACCAUGAAAACUUCAAAAAAACUUUAGUGGUAAAGUUUGUAGAAGAAGACAGACUGACAGACGUUAACAGACGGGAUUUUUUUCUCCAUGCUUUCAAUGAACUUUUGGCUCCUAAGUCAGGGAUGUUCAUAUACAAUGACAACCAAACAAUGAUCUGGUUUCCUGCCAAGCCAACACUUGAAUUAAAACAGUACUUCCUGUUUGGGAUCCUCUGUGGCCUAGCCCUCUGCAGCAACAACAUAGUGCACAUGCCCUUUCCUCUGGCCUUUUAUAAGAAGCUGGUCAAUGUAAAGCCUACUCUGGACGAUAUGACUGAGUUCACCCCUGUGAUCGGAAAGGGUUUGCAUUGCAUUCUUCAUGAGUACCCUGAUGAUGUUGUUGAUGACUUGGACAUCUCUUUCUGUGUGCACUGGGAUGGUGAUUAUGUGGAACUGGAGUCCCACGAAAAUGGACAAUCGGUGACAAGUUGUAACAAGAAGAAGUUUGUGGAAGCAUAUGUAGAUUACGCAAUGAACAAGUCGGUGGAGAGAGUGUUUAAUGAGUUUAAAAGAGGAUUCUACAAAGUGUGUAUUGAAGAUGUGGUGAACUUCUUCCAGCCGGAGGAGCUCAGAGGAGUGAUGGUGGGAACAGAGGAAUAUGACUGGGACACAUUCAAACAGAAUACAACAUAUUUUGGACAAUACCAUGAGAGACAUCCUACUAUCAUUGCAUUCUGGGAGGUAUUCGAGGAGCUGACACAGGAGCAAAAGAAAGCCUUUCUCUUGUUUCUAACAGGCUGUGAUCGUGUGCCCGUCCUUGGGAUGGAUCAGGUUAGGAUGACUGUGUUGGAACGCCCUAACUUUACCCAGAACCACCUGCCUGAGUCCCUCACCUGCCAUUCUCAUUUCAUGCUUCCUCCUUAUGAAAGCAAGCAGCGUCUGGAAGCAAAACUUCUUGAAGCGAUAAACCACAACCGAGGCUUCUGGAUAGAAGAUGUAUAGAUAUUUAGGUCAUGAAUUUUAGAUAUUUAGGUCAUGCAUGGCUCUACAUCUUAUGUACCAUUGAUCAGUACAUAAUAUAUCCGCUAUAAAACCUUGAUGGUGGUAACCUUAAAAUUAGCCGCUAAAGCUAUGUAUCACACAUACAUUAAUGUAUCAUAUCGUCUUUUACUCACCAAGAUUCUGUUUAUUUGCAUAUAACUUUAGGUUGUUGGUGGCUACAUUAACUUAGUUAUAGGAAGAAAAACAAACUGCACCACAUACAUGUCUCUAUCGUCUAUCGUAAGAUUGAAAAUUUGUAAGUCGAACUAUCGCAAUUCUGGGAUUAUCGGUAUUAUGUUAUAUAUUAUGUUGCUUGUGAGUACUGAUUAACUAAAAUCUCAGAUAACUAACACUAGUUUUCUUGUGCAUUAGUAUAAAUUGCAUUUGUAAUGUUGACCAUCACUUACAAAGUAGAAGAAGGAAACUCUAUGUAUCUUUCUAUGUAAAGUAUUUCUAUGUAUAUUCUUAUAUUCUAAGGUAUAAUCUUAAUGAACCUAGUUAUUAUGAAAUCCCAGAGAGCAGAAUAAGUGUGUGUCCCGCUGCCAGAGCCAGGCUUCCACAAAUAUAAUACUUGUCCUUCUGUUGUACUACUUUGUGCUUUCAGUCAUCUUUAGGUGCAUAUUUCUGUAUAAAUACUGUAAUGUAAUGCUCCAUAUUGCAUUUCUAAUAAAUGUCAACUAACAACACGA